UCAGUUAUAUAUCAGAGAGAGAAUCAGAGAGAGAGAGAGAGAGAUGGAACUGGGGAGCUCAGAUCAGAGGACUUCAAGCAAGAGAGAAAGAGAGGAGUACCAUGUAGCCCACAAGAUCCCUUCUGGCGAUACUCCAUAUGUCAGAGCCAAGCACGCUCAGCUAGUUCAGAAAGACCCAGAAGCAGCGAUAGUGCUGUUCUGGAAGGCGAUAAAUGCAGGAGAUAGGGUGGACAGCGCGUUGAAGGACAUGGCAGUUGUGAUGAAGCAACUCGAUAGGGGCGAAGAAGCCAUCGAAGCCGUCAAGUCCUUUCGUGGCCUUUGCUCCAAGCAGUCUCAAGAAUCGCUUGAUAACGUCCUCAUCGACUUGUACAAGAAUUAUAACGUACAGAAAUGUGGGAAAGUGGAGGAGCAGAUAGAGCUGCUAAAGAGGAAGCUGAGGCAGAUAUUCCAAGGCGAGAUCUUCAAUGGGAAGCCCACCAAGAGGGCCCGUUCUCAUGGCAAGAAGUUCCAGGUCUCUGUUAAGCAAGAGACCUCCAGGUUAUUGGGAAAUUUGGGAUGGGCCUACAUGCAGAAGCCCAACUACAUGGCUGCUGAAGUGGUGUAUAAAAAAGCCCAAAUGAUCGAUCCGGAUGCCAACAAGGCCUGCAACCUCAGCCUCUGUCUCAUCAAACAAGGCCGGUACAACGAGGCCCGCGCGAUUCUCAACGACGUGUUGGGGGGCAAGCUUCCAGGCUCCAACGACUAUAAGCCGAGGAGGAGAGCGGAGGAAUUGCUCUCGGAGGUGAGGUCGAGGCAGCCGCAGCCCGACUUCUCGGAUCUCUUGGGCCUCGACAUGGACGACGACUUCGUCAAGGGGAUCGAGAGGUUGAUGAAUGAGUGGGCUCCAUCGAGGUCCAAGAGACUCCCGAUUUUCGAAGAGAUCUCUUCAUUCAGGGAUCGGCUGACAUGUUAGUAGGACAUCUCUCUCGUGCUGUGGUUGGUGGGUCUGAAUUAGGUACAGAGGAAAAUAGGGUUUGAGUUCAUCUGUUGUCUGUGAAUAUGUUGGUCUGGUCCUGGGGCGGGCGGUGCUAAGCGAAAGCUUGGAUGGGCAAAAGGGAAAGGAUCUGAUUAGUGAUAAGCCAUGCGUUCGUCAAAGCAGAAUUAUCAAAGUUGAAAACCAAUAGUUUAUUGACCUUGUUAUUUCUGUUGAAUAAGUGUGCAAGAAGGUUUGGAAUUUCUA